UCAGACGACUCAUCUACCUUCCAAGAAAACACACCAUAAAUGUUGCUACAGACUACAGUUGCAUUCUUUCUAUAAUAAAACCACCCAUUUUUCCCAAUCAAACUCAUUGCAUCUUCAUUUCAAAAAAAAAAACAAAAAAAGUUUGUGACACAAUUUUCAUCUCAAAAUGGGGAUUUUCCCACCAUGCGAUUCUUCGGAGGUGAUGGAGAAGCUUCUCGGAUCCGUGUGCGGGAAAACCCGAGACGAUCCGGCGACUGAAAGAUCAUCGAAGAUCAAAGGCUCCGUCGUCUUGAUGAAGAAGAACGCGAUGGACAGCACCGAUUUUGGCGCGUCCUUGGUCGACCGGGUUUACGAGAUCUUCGGUAGAGGCAUCAUCUUGCAGCUCGUCAGUGCUCAACACUUCGACCCGGCUAAUCCGAAGAGAGGGAAGCUAGGAAAGGAAGCUUACUUGGUGGACUGGAUCACCAAGUUGACUUCACUUAAGGCCGAAGACGAGGCGUCGUACGACGUCGAAUUCGACUGGGACGAGGGCCUCGGGAUUCCCGGGGCUUUUAUUAUCAGGAAUCAACACCGUAACCAAAUCUACCUCAAGUCCGUCACACUGGAAAAUGUCCCGGGACACGGUCCGGUCCGUUUUAUAUGCGACUCGUGGGUUUAUCCUACGCGUCGCUACGACUGCGACCGUGUCUUUUUCUCAAACAAGGCGUACCUACCAUCGGAAACGCCGCCACCUCUAAUCUUUUAUAGAGAGCAAGAGCUACACAACCUUCGUGGAAAAGGCACCGGCGAGCUCAAGGAGUGGGACAGAGUGUACGACUACGCGUACUACAACGACCUAGGAAGCCCCGAAAAAGGCGAAGAUCAUGCCCGCCCGGUGCUUGGUGGGUCGGCCUAUCCAUACCCUCGUAGGGCACGGACAGGCCGCCCACCAAACAAAAAAGAUCCCAACACCGAGAGCAGACUGUUUCUGCUAGACCUAAACAUCUACGUCCCACGAGACGAACAAUUCGCCCAAGUGAAAUUCUCCGAUUUCAUCGCGUACGCGAUAAAAUCAGUAGGGCAAGUUCUAGUCCCGGAGAUCAAAGCCGUGUUCGACAAAACAUUCAACGAAUUCGACACGUUCAAGGAUGUCUUGGACCUCUACGAGACGAGGACUCAGGUGCCCGACGAUAAAUCCUUAGCCAAAAUCAAAGACUGUGUUCCAUGGGAGCUGCUUAGAGAGCUCAUUCGCUCCGAUGGUGAGAGGUUCCUCAACUUCCCAGUCCCUCAAGUUAUAGAAGCGGAUAACACUGCGUGGAGAACGGAUGAGGAGUUCGGACGUGAAAUGUUGGCCGGAGUCAACCCUGUUAUCAUUCGAAUUCUGGAGGAGUUUCCACCAAGAAGCAAACUAGACUCUCAAGAAUAUGGCAAUCAGGAUAGUAGCAUCACAAGAGAGCACAUCGAGAAAAACAUGAACGGCCUCACCGUCGAAGAGGCAAUAGAGAAGAAGAAGCUGUUCAUACUCGAUCACCACGACGCGCUGAUGCCGUACCUGCGGCGGAUCAACACGACGGCGACGAAGACCUACGCCACCCGAACCCUCCUUCUCCUCCAAGACGACGGCACGUUGAAGCCACUCGCCAUCGAGCUCAGCUUGCCGCACGACGACGGGGACUCGUGCGGAGCCGUGAACAGAGUGUUCACUCCGUGCCACGGAGACGGCGCCGAGGCCAUGAUUUGGCAGCUGGCGAAAGCCUACGCCGCCGUCAACGAUUCCGGCUACCACCAACUCAUUAGCCACUGGUUGAACACGCACGCCGUGAUAGAGCCAUUCGCGAUAGCAACCAACCGGCAGCUGAGCGGGCUCCACCCGAUCUACAAGCUCCUGAAGCCGCACUUCCGCGACACGAUCCACAUCAACGCCUUGGCCCGCCACACGCUCAUCAACGCCGGUGGAAUACUCGAGACGACGGUCUUCCCGGGAAGAUACGCCUUGGAAAUGUCCUCCGCCGUCUACAAGAACUGGAAUUUCCCCGACCAGGCGCUCCCCCGGGACCUCAUCAAAAGAGGGGUGGCGGUUCCCGAUGCGAGCCAGCCGCAUGGCCUCCGGCUCGUGAUAGAAGACUACCCCUAUGCAGUGGACGGCCUAGAAAUAUGGUCCGCGAUCGAGCAUUGGGUGACGGAGUACUGCUCUUUGUACUACCCGAUCGACGAUAAGGUGACCGGAGACGCGGAGCUUCAGUCCUGGUGGAAGGAGCUCCGCGAGGUCGGCCACGGCGACUUAAAGGAGAAGCCGUGGUGGCCGAAAAUGGAGACCCGGCUCGAGCUCAUCGAGUGCUGCACCAUAAUCAUAUGGGUGGCGUCGGCCCUCCACGCCGCGGUAAACUUCGGCCAGUACGCCUAUGCCGGUUAUCUCCCGAACCGGCCCACUGUGAGCCGGCGGUUCAUGCCUGAACCGGGUAGCCCGGAGUACGCCGAGCUAGAGGAGGAUCAAGAGGCUGCGUUUCUGAAAACGAUCACGGCUCAGUUCCAAACGCUGCUUGGGGUGUCACUGAUCGAGAUGCUGUCGAGGCAUUCGUCCGACGAGAUUUAUCUUGGACAGAGGGAGACGCCGUAUUGGACCGGGGACGAAGAACCGGUUCGGGCGUUCGAGUGGUUCAGCGCGGCAUUGGUUGGGAUUGGGGAUAGAAUAAAGGAGAUGAACCGGAACACGGAAUUGAAGAACCGAACCGGGCCGGUUAAGAUGGAUUACAUGCUGCUGUAUCCCAACACUUCGGAUUAUUCCAAAAAAGGAGGACUUAUUGUGAAAGGAAUUCCAAAUAGUGUAUCUAUUUGAAUAGAAAAGAUGUAUGCAUCGAGUAUUGAGAUUGUAGUUAUUUUUGUGAUAUGAUUUUCUUGUAAUGAGUCGAUUAUCGAGUAGAAGAUUGAGAUUGUAGUUAUUUUUGUGAUAUGAUUUUCUUGUAAUGAGUCGAUUUUGAAUAUUAUUGAGAUAUAUAAAUGUACAAACAGUCACCUCGACUUUUUUUUU